AUGUUUAUUCUAUCAAAAAGAGUUAAUUAUAAUGCGAUAUCGCUAAAGUACUUGUUUUUCAAGAGAAAUAAGUUUAUGUUAACAAAGAUGAAUGCAUCCGAAACUUGCAGUUUACAAAGACCAACGCCUAUUCUUUUAUUAAAUACAAUUAAAACAGAGAAUGAAAAAAGUCAACAGGAAAAAGCAGUAAAAUGGUGGCAAACUCAAUUUAGUAAAGAAGGUUAUUCAACUAUUUCCAUUCUUAUGUCUUUACCUGAUGAUAGUAAGGAUAAGGAACCAUUAAAGACUUGUUAUGAGGAAUUGAAACAGGCAACUUCAGAACUUUCAUUUUUUCCACCUUUAAUGAUUAGUUCAGGUGAAAUAGCAUGCCGUAUUUCACAAAAAUUUGUUUCCAACAAACCUGUUUCUGGCUUAAUUAUGUUAAAACAUGAAAAAUCCAUUCAUAGUUAUUUGUUAAAUAAGCUUUACCCUACAAGUGAGUUUGAACCUUACUUUCCAAUUCUAAUCAUCUCCUCUUCUUCUUCUUGUUUACCUAAUUUUCUAAAUAAUGAUUGCGUCGAUCAUAUUAAGCUUAAUGAAGAAGAUAAAAAUGCUUUUAAUCAUGUAAUCCAAUGGAUGGAUAAUAUUGUAACAGAUCAAUCCAUUGGUUUUUGGGGCCCAAUUACAAGUUCAGUGGAUUGGUGUGAAAAGAAUUAUAGUUUAGCUAUGGUUGCGUUAGGUUUACUUGGCGUAGCACUUCAUCAUAAGUCACUUGGCUGGAAAUUAUCAUUUAGUUAUUUAUUAAUCGUCAUUGUUGGUAUUGGAAGUAUAUUAUUUCAUGCAACUUUACAAUUUCAGCAUCAAAUGUGGGAUGAAGUACCUAUGGUAUGGACUGCAUGUUAUCUUAUGUGGGCUUUAAUGAAUGAGCAUGGAUAUAAUAAUAAACUCUAUACAAUCGGUAUUGCAUUUUAUUGUGUGUUUGCUACUUAUGUUACAAGUGCGAAUAAAGGAACAACUCAAUUCUUUAUGUUUCAAACAUCAUUUGGUAUAGUAAUGUGGAGUGAUCUUUAUUUUGUACUGAAGAUCUAUAAAGAUGUCAAAAACAAACAAAUCAUCAAGCUAUUUCAUCAAGGAGCAUUAUUUUUAAUAUUAGCCAUUUCCGUAUGGUUAUUUGAUUCUAAUUUUUGUUUUAUUUUUAAUUAUAUUCCAAAUCCUCAAUUACAUGCUUGGUGGCAUAUCUUAAUGUGCAUAAGUUUACAUUAUUUCUAUGUUGCUUGUGGACAUGAAUCAGCUAUAAGAGAAAUCAAGGGAAAAGUGGAAAUUGAAUAUUUUUUAAAUUUAAUCCCUUUCGUUCAUGUAACAAUGGAUGAGAAAAAACAACAAUAA